AUGGCUCAAAAAUAUCUCUUUGGCUGGACUAUACCACGACCAGACAACGAAGAUUUAACAGCCAUUGCUCAAGGUCACUUUGAUUUUGCUGAGUUUAAUUCAAGAUGGCAGGAGGUUUCAAGUUAUUUUCUAGGAUAUACAUUAUGUUUAGCAGUAGGAGUAUUAUUUGCUAUAAUUAUGCCAAUUGUUGGUUGCUGUUUUUGUUGUUGCCGAUGUUGCGGUCGUUGUGGGGGAAAGAGGAAAUUACAUGACCCAAAACGAGCCAAAUGUAAACGCACGUCGUAUUGUACAGUUUUACUCAUUAUUAACACUGUGUGCCUAGCUGGUGUAAUAUGUGCCUUCGUAACCAAUGAUAUUUUACACCAGAAACUGGAUAACAAGGAUAAAAUGGGGCCUCUGGGAAACGUUGAUAAAGCCGUGGCCUCGUUAGAUAAUUAUGUUAAUAAUACGGUCAAGUUUUUAGAAAAGAAUAUAUUAAAAACAUAUGAGGCUGCUACAGAAGAGAUCACAAUUUCUAUUAAUGAGUCAGCCAUUACUGCAGUAAAGAAGGUACUAGAUAUAGUGAAUGCUAGUGUGUUUAUUGAUCAAACUAAAGAUCUUGCUAAAAAAACCGACAUUGUGCUUGAUGAUUUAGUGAAUAUCAGAGAUACAUUAAAAGAAUUAAAAACAAAUGGAGAUACCCUGUCUACCAAUCUAACACAACUUAAAAAUGAAAUAGACCAAUUUUGUCAGCCACCAAAUAAUGGGAAGUGUACAGGUUUGGAUACGGAUAAGUAUAAAACAGAGGCAGAUUUUAGCAAGUUGAGUGAAUUGUCCACAGAAAUUGAUAAUGUGAAGGAUAGUUUGAAUAUAACUCAGUAUAUUAAUCAGGUGGAGGGUAAAAUAGACCAAGUGAAGUCAAAUGUUACUGAUAAGAUAAGUGACAGUAUAAUCAAGGCUACAAACACCAUGAGAGAUGUAAGAAAGGAUGUUACAAAUGGUAUUGAUUUGUGUAAGGGAAAAAUACAGGACGCAACAAAACCAGUUUUUGAUUUCCAAGGUUCUCUAGAAAGUGAACAAAGUGAAAUCUCCAAAUAUGGAAAUUAUGUAUGGUAUGCAGGUCUGGGUAUAAGCUGUUUGUUACUAUUAAUAGUUUUAUUCUACUAUCUGGGCGUACUGUUUGGUAUGUGUGGAGAAAGGCCAGGUCGCGGCGCUGCCUGCUGUAAUACAGGUGUAGGAGGAAACUUCUUAAUGGCUGGUGUAGCCUUCUCGUUCGUGUUUUCCUGGAUUCUGAUGAUUAUAUGUUUAAUAUUGUUUCUGGCUGGAGGUUUUGCUUAUACGGAGGCUUGCCGAUAUUUUGUCACACAUGAACCAGCUGAUUUACAGCCAUUUGAAAAUCUGGUAUUUCAAAACCUGGACUUCACCAAGAACUUAUUCAACGAUUCUAACGCUAAAUUUAGUAUAGUUCAAACAUUAAAGAAUUGUGAAGAAAAUCAAGCUAUAUAUACAGCUCUACAGUUAGAUAGUUUCUUAAACAUAAACAACUAUCUCAAUAUCUCAUCACUAUAUAAACAGAUUGAUAAUAUAGCUAAAUCUAACGUUGACUUUAAUAACAUUACCAUCCUAAUACCUGAACUUAGACAACAAAUAGAGGAAUUCGGCAAUGCUGGCCUGGACAAAAUUGAUUAUGAUUCUUUUGAAGCUGAGAUCAAUAAAAAUUUAACAGCCAUAGAUCUAAUAGAAUUAGCAAAAAAGUUAGAAAAUAAAGCAGCUAGUGAGACUGGUCAAUUUAAACAACAGUUAGAAGAAUUUGCUGCUAAGUUACGUAGAAUGGACAAGGAACUUGUUACUCCCAUGAAAAAGGAUGUGACCAACUUGAAGGGUAAUUUAACACAUUUGAAGGAGAAUUCAAACGUCAAGCCAGAAACUGAAGCUCUUGUCAAAGGUUUAGAAUCAGCAGAGAAGAAAUUUAAUUCUGAGGGUGUAACAGAAGUCAACACUAUGCUGAGUGAAGUGGUCAACAACAUCAAAAAUACUUUAGGCAACAAAACAACAGAUAUUAAAACCAUGAUCAAGAAAGACGCUGGUAAAUGCCGUCCUGUUUACGACUCUAUUUAUUUAAUGACUGACGCAUUUUGUGUUGUCGUCUUAUAUCCAAUGAAUGGUUUUUGGUUCAGUAUGGGUUGGUGUUUAUUUUUCUUCAUCCCAAGUAUAAUAUUUGCCGUUAAAUUGAGUACGUUGUACCAUAGGGAAGAAGAAUACGUAGAAGAGAAGGGCUUCGAUGAUCCAAAUUUUUCAAUGUAUGCUGGUCCUAAUCCAGACACGAUUCCCCUCACCAGCAGUACAGGUCCGCAGCAUGGUAACGGUUAUGGAGCUCAUAAUACUGGUUACCGUGACGAUGGCUAUAGGGGAAAAUCUAAUGGAUAUCCAACGCAUGCUGAAGGCCCUCCCGGCUACAAUGACGGCUAUAGAGGUAGACCAGCGCCCCGUUUGGAGGCGAAUGACACUAGUAUAGGUGAUGGGGUCCCUUAUUAUUACUAUCCACCCCCUAACGAAACCCCACUGCCGGCUUAUAGUCCUCAAAAAUUCUAA